AUGCAACUUGCAGUUCAUCAAGAUGAUGCUGAUAUCUUGUUAAAGGAAAGAAAUCAGUUAAAUGAAUCAAUUUUAGAUAAAUAUAGAGUGGCCGGUCAAAUCGCCCAAACUGGUUUAAAAUACGUUAUAUCGUUAAUUAACGAUUCAUACCAUUUAGGUAAAACUGAAACUCCGUACACAUGUCAGGAAUUAUGUGUGAUGGGAGAUUCUAUGGUGACCAGAUUAUUGGCCAAAGUGUAUAAUACUGAUAUUAGAGAAAAGGGUAUUUCAAAUCCAGUUUCUAUUGAAUUGAAUGAAAUCGUUGGAAACUUUGCACCAGAAAUCGAUGAUGCUUCAAAAUUUACUUUCGGUGCUGGUGAUAUAGUUACCGUUACAUUGGGUGUCCAUAUUGAUGGUUAUGCUGCAAAUGUAUCCCAUACAGUAGUUAUCUAUCCACAAGGUGUUACUAUUGACAAUGAAUUGAAGCCACCAGGACCAUUAUUAGGAUCUAAGGCGGAUUCUAUCUGUGCUGCUCAUAUUGCCACUGAAACCGUAGUUGCAUUAUUAGGUAUGGCAUUGACUCCAGAAAAAUUACCUACCCAAUUAGACCCUAAUAACACCAAGUUGGUUACUGGUAAGCAAAUCAGAAACAUAGUAAACUCCAUUGCCGAGUCAUUCAACUGUACCGUUGUUCCAGGAUCAAAGGUUAGAAGAAUCAGAAGAUUCUUAGCUGGUCAAGCCGAAGGUGUAGUUGCCGAAAAGGACUUCAAAGGGGUGGUCUGGGGUGAAUCUGACCAAGAAGAAUUGUUAUUAAACAAGUACAACAAAAACGACGACCAACAAUUGGUUUUACACAAGCAAGGAAGCGAAUUUACUAAUAACUCAUCGGCCAUCCCAACUGACGAGUUUGUGGUCGCUGCGGAUGAAGUCUACAACGUCGAUAUCAAGAUGUGUUCCACCAGCGAUUUCAAGGAACUCGGAUUAGUGACCUUGGAAGAAAUUGACGAAUUCACCGGUCUCAACAACAAGUCGAACGAAUUCAAAACCAGGUCCACCAUCUACAUCAGAGAUUACGCCAUAAACUACCAAUUGAGAUUGAAAAACUCGAGGUCGCUCUUGGGAAAAAUCGACAAAGAAUUCACCGUGUUUCCAUUCAAGUUGAGUCACACGUCCCCCAGCUUUCCUGCCACUAACUCCCAGGAACUUGCCGCUCUCAAGAAGGAAUUGGUCGCCAACAAAUUGGGUUUGUCCGAGCUCGCCAACAGACAUUUGAUCAACGCCAAACCAAUCCAAGUCACCAAGUUUAUUCCGUUCGAAACCAUCUUGAAGACCUCCAACCCAACCGGUAAGCACGGUAUCGACUCCAACAAGCCUGCCUUGCCUGGUAUGGAGAUUCCAUUGCCAAACCUCGGCAUCUCGUCGUUGAAGUUAAAGGCCUUGUUGAAAAACUCCUCCUCCAUCGCCAACGCCAGAGAACUGACCACCGUCAUAUUGAACUCCUUCAACAACGCCAACGAAGUCAUCAGAUUGACCGGUGGUAACAACUCCGCUCCGUGCUGGGUUCACUCCGGCUACCUGUUGAACCCCCAAUGCAAGGAAUCAGUCGACCAUUUGCUCCAAUUGACCAAGGACAAGCGUUUCGGAAUCAAGGUCAAGGAAUGUCAGCCAAUGAAGCUUACUGCCGAUGCCCCGGAAUCGAUGGAAAUGGACUAA